UUUUUUGAAUUUUUUUUGUGCAGAAUGAAGACUGUUUAUUUCAUGUUAUUUUUGCUGGCCUUGACCUUCGUUCCCGAGCACGUGGAUGGUUGGUUCUUCCGGUCUGUGCGCAGAAUCCGCUUCAGCCCCUAUCACACGCUAGGUUGUAUGGCGGCCUGCAAGUGGGCCAGGAGCUGGGCGUGUAAGGCCUGCAAGAGGAAGCGGGGACUCGACAUGGGGGCCGAUGCUGUAGAUCCAGUUGAGGAUGCAGAUGUGCCGACCGUUCUGCAUGAUCUGGAUGUGAACGGAGAUGGUUUUGUCGAGCUGAAUGAGAUCGCCCACGUGACCGGCCUGAAAGUAACCAACCCAGUUUUACUUAAACGAUUCCACACGGCAGAUUCGGACGGUGAUGCCAAACUGAGCCUCGUUGAAUUCAAACAAUUCCAUUUCGACAACAAAGAAGAAUUUCUGGAAGCCAUGAAAGAGGACGGCGCAGAUACUCCCAUGACACGAUGACGUUCAUGUAAUGCCAAAAGGUGAAGGGCUUUAUCAAUAAAUUAAAAAAAUAA